AAUAAGUAAGAAGUGCCGGACGUUGCCUCGAUCAUCGUUCAUUCAUAUAUAUAGUCACACGCACCGAGAAGAAUCCGCAUUAGACAAUAUUCGGCAAAGUGAUUUCGAGCUGAUUCGAAGGCUACUCCCGAUCGAGAUAGGCUGCAUUGGAUAUGGAUUCUCGCAUGUAGCAGAUACGACGAGUACGAAGAUAUAAAGUCGUAAUCGAUCAUAAACGGAAUGCAUUGAGAAAUACAAGGAUAAAUAAAGCGAUAUUGACGCGGACGCACCCGGUUCGAUCGCCUCGUACUUCUUUUGCUCUUGCUCGGCCUCCCGAAAAAAUAAAACUUUUUAUUUCCUUUUGUGUAUUCGCCGGAACGUUGUUCGGUCCACCGAGUCACGGAUAUCGGUGGUUCCAGUGAUGAAGUGCCGUUCGUUGCUGUAGCUACGGAAUUCGCAGAGCGAGAGAUCCCCGCGCACCGGCGCGCCAAUAAAAACGGGCAACAAAAAUUGUAUCGGCUCAUUCCUCACUUUUCACCCAUAGCUUUCCCUUUCUCUCUUUCUCUCCGAGUCUAAAUUUUCGCCAGUACACCUCACUUCGAAUAUUAUCUUCGCCGCUGUAUUCGGAAGCUCGAUCACCCAUUAAACAGCUAUCGCGCCGCCGCUCAUUCGUCAUAAAACAACGCGCGCGUUAUUCGUCCAGACUUUUGUGAAAGACGGAAAAAAGCCAUGCUCCACAGCCCCCUCCGGUCACACUAGGCGAGGCAUAGUUAUAAAUUAAUACAAGUUUGCAUCGCGAACGCCCUAGCGAAUUAACUUGUCGCGUGCCUGCCGACGAGAAAUUUCUUCCUCUCCACAAAAACACACUUAAUAUCCGUACACAUUUCCACUCUCUUGCGAACGAGGACGUUCAAUACAGGCGUACACACGCACAAGAUCCGAGAGAAAUAAAGAGAGGGAUAGAGAGAGAGAGAGAGAGAGAGCUCGAAAUAGAGAGGACGCGGAGAACAUCAUAGAGUGAGCGACGAACAGUCCUACUGGCUGGAAUGACAGCCACAAACUUUUGCGAGUACGAAUUGCUCGAGUGAACUCUAUGAGCGAACACCUGAAGCGAGUGGAGGAGGCUGAUUCCAUGCUUGUUCGAAUGCACGGGUACCGCCAAUUAUGUUGAGUUAUUGUGAUUAAAAUUAUAAAAACUGUGCCCGAUAACUGACAUUGAAAAUGAAGUUUCAUUCGUCCGGGUAGAUUGAAAAAGUGCGCUGCCGCGAUCGUCAAAUCGUAGAUAAAAAUCUGCCUGCUUUUUGUUCUUUGUUUCUCUUUUUUACGGAAACCUCCCGAUUCGUUUUCGCUCCAAAAUAACAGACUGCAAAUCCCUGGGAAGACGAGUACGCGAGUGUGAAGAAACGAAGCAAUUGGAGAGACAAACAACAUGUCGGCGAUGAACAUCGGUCCCGCGAUAACCGGGAAACUGUGGAUUACUUUGGUGCUGUCUUUGAGUGUAUUUGGACUGCUGUUGACGCUGUUCGUAAAGAGAAGCAAAUUCCUUUACAGCCUACGAAACGUUCCGUCGCCGACCGCUUUGCCAGUUAUCGGAAAUGUGUGGCAACUCAAUUGCAGCCUCGAAGAAUUCUUCAAGAGGCUCGUAACUUGGAGUCGGGAAUUCGGUGACAUUUAUCAGGUAUGGCUUGGUAUGAGGCCUCUCAUAUUCGUCUAUCGCGCCGAAGGAGUGCAGCCUUUGCUCAGCAGUAGCGUACACAUCGACAAGAGCCUCGAGUAUCAGUAUCUUCGACCCUGGCUCGGCUCCGGCCUCGUCACCAGCACCGGUGACAAAUGGCACGCCAGGAGGAAACUCCUCACUCCGACUUUCCACAGUGGACUUCUCGAGUCAUACUUGUCCUCGACGAUACAGGAAGCUACUACAAUGGUCUCCUGUCUCCGUGCCGAAGUCGGCAAACCCGAAUUCGACAUAGUGCCCUACGCAAAACGCGCAGCUCUAGACAUGAUCUGCACCAGCAGCAUGGGGUACCAUAUCAACGCACAGACGAACCUCAACAACGAAUACGUCACAUCUGUGGAAAAAAUGACUGCCAUUAUCCAGACGAGAUUCACGAACAUCUGGAUGUCCAUGGACGUCAUAUUCAACCGAACAUCUAUGGGGAAAGUGCAUCAAGAAGCGCUUGACGUUAUUCAUGGAUUCGUCAACCGAGUGAUCAGUGAACGCAAAGCUGAGUGGAAGUUGAAACACGACGGGAAUUUCAACGAGUCGUCAAAAAAACGUCUAGCCCUGCUUGACAUGCUUUUGGAAUACUCCCAAAACGGAGCAAUUCUCUCGGACGAAGACAUCAAAGAUGAAGUGAACACUUUCAUGUUCGCUGGACACGAUACUCUCGCGACCAGCAUCUCGUGGGUUCUUUAUGCUCUUGGUUCCCAUCCUGAAUAUCAAACCAAGAUUCUCGAAGAAUAUAACAACACUAUUGACAACGAUGAAAUCACGAGCGAAUCGUUGAACAAAUUGGUCUGGCUCGAUGCCUGCAUCAAAGAAGCUUGGCGCAUGUAUCCGGUCGUCCCAUUGAUCGCCAGACAGAUAUACAAACCUAUUAAUUUGAUGAAUCACGACGUGCCCGUCGGCUCGACAGUUUUAGUCAACACUUUUCUGCUGCAUCGGGAUCCUCGUUAUUUCCCACAGCCGGACGUGUACAAGCCAGAAAGAUUUUUUCCCAACAGUCCAAAGUUACCAGCCUUCUCGUACAUACCGUUCAGCGCCGGCUCUCGGAAUUGCAUAGGUUUUAGGUUUGCGACUAUGGAGACAAAAAUGACGAUACUUUCGAUACUGAAAUCGUACGAAGUGCGUUCGAUCGAGCCCGUGGACAAACUUCGUUUGAUAUCUUCCAUCGUUCUCAUCAAUGCCAAUGGAAUCAACCUGAAAAUCACCCCAAGACAAUAAUUAUUAUUAAGAAAUUAUUCGCAGUAACCGUGAUAUUUUGAAACAUUCGGAGUCAUCAAUUAUAUUCAUCAAUUCGAGUUAAAAUUAGCACGAGAUUCAGGCGAUUCUCGGAAAAAUGUUUCAGCUGCAAAAACAAAAACAAAUAUGACUUAUUAAUGGGCUCGAAUCACCCUUCCAUAUGCGAGACAAUAAAAUUCCUGUACAUCGCAUUAAUUUCAUAAUCGACCCAAGCUCGAACACAGUUUAGAUUAUAACGGUCUAAUUUUUUUUAUUAUUUAUAUAUCUGUAGACUUAAUUAUUUGCGUGAUAUUGAUAAAUCUACUUUUUUAUAAACUCGCCAAAGUAAUCGGCAUACGUUUCGU